ACUUAUUCCUGGAAUGGGGGCUUGUGGUGCUCUGAUGCCAAAUUUGUUUGCUCCCAUAGUUCGACAAGGUCAGCAGCGGCAUCGGCCAAGUGGUAGACGUGCUAGAGGAGCUGUGCAACAAAUGCAGCAGGCUUUAAUUCAGCAACAGAUGCUUCCAUGGGAUCAUGUUCAGCGCUAUGCUCCUGGUCACAAUAUUCCUGAUAUUCCAAUGCCUGGCGUUGUUGGAGGUAUGAUCUCUCCAUGUGACAUGGGAGGUUUGGGAAUGCAAGGUGUAGCCAGAUCACAAAGAAUGUUGCUCGGUGAGCAUCUCUACCCACUCGUGGAGCAAUACGUGUAUGAUCAUGCUGCCAAAGUUACAGGAAUGCUGCUGGAGAUGGACCCAACUGAAGUCCUGCAUUUGCUUGAAUAUCCAGAUGCUCUGGAAGCAAAAGUCGCCGAGGCAAUAGAAGUCCUGAGAAACGUCACGUAGCAGCUAGCUCUGGUAAUUGCUCCGACCGACCAGUUAUCGACCGGGACAUGUUUUGGUCGCUUGAAUGCAUAGCUUUUAAUUUAAUUCCAAACAGUUUUAGGAACAAUCAGGGAGGGAUUUUGGCUUCUGAUUUAGCUAACUCAAUGUUAAUAUCCUCUUUGUUGUAGUGGUGGUAUGUGCUUGCGAAGAAUAUCCUUUUGGCAAGUUACUAAACU